AUGGACUGCAUAGCCUUGCCAGUUUCAAUCUUGAAAAGGCGAUUCUCGAGCCAUCGGCUAGGUUAUCAGCCACUGUCUGAGGAUGUUUUCGGAGAAUCAGAUAGUCCAGUCACGGUGGUGGUCGGGAAAGAGAGGAGGGAGUUCUUGCUGGAUCCAUUUGUGCUGGAAGAGAACCCUUUUAGGGUGUUGAUUGACAUGCUAAGGAAAGAAGAUGGGAGGAAAGUUAAUUAUGUUGAGGGGUCUAAACAUAAUAAAGUGAUAUUUAUGGAUGUGGAUGCAAUUUUGUUUGAGCACAUGUUGUGGUUGAUGCAAAAUGAUUGUUCUUCAUUGUUUCAGCUCAACCUCAGAGACAUCAUUGAUUUCUAUGCUCAAGAUGUUUAG